GGAGAGAGACUUUGCUCUCAUGAACACGGCGAGGUCAUACCUAGAGCGCGCGUUCAAGAGCUACUCCGACCUUCUCAUCGCGGCGGAGGACGUGUAUGAGAACGUCAGGGCUCAGAAGGACCUUCCUCAGUCGGAGAAGGAUCUUGCAGAGAGUAUCCUGCAGGAGACGAGAAGCGAUUUCACGGACGUGCUCGGCAUCAUAGGCCAAGUCUGUGUCAGUCAAGGCGAUUACGAGUCUGCAGAGUCCUAUCUCUACCAGGGGCUGAAAGCUUGCGAGAGCUUCAACCACUCGAACCAUCCGUCGGUCGCCAUGAUCACUCAAGGCCUCGCUGAGCUCUACUUUCAGAAACGAACCUACGACAAGGCUGAGGCGAUGGCUCGGCGGACAGUGAUGAUCCGGCAUAUCUGUUAUGGCUGGAACCACCCGCAGUACGCCCAUGCGCUGGCAACACUUGCUAGCGUCCUCUCGGCCAUUGGCAACGAGUAUGAGUCAGAGCAGCUCAUGAAGCGUCAGGCAAAGAUCCUCUUGCUGUAUCCCGAUGCCGCCACCCACCAAGAGCCUGUGCCCGACCGCACAUAUGGGAACGAGCUGGAAGGCACAACUCCAUGGCAGGGACCAGGGGGCAGCGGCAAAGGCAGAGGGAUUCUCAAGUCAUCGUCCACCUACGCCAUAGCGAAGGAAGCAGAAUCUUCUGCAUCGCUGAAUGCAUUGGAGGCGGAAGAUUGAUGAGCACUUUAAAUGUAUACAUGGACAAGAUCUGUAGAUAGAAUAAACCUGAAGUUAAAGAUU